AUGCAACCAACAGAUCUUGUGAAAAUGUUAAAUAGUAUUGUGAAUGGAUUUGAUGUAUUGACAGAGAAGUAUGAAUUGGAAAAGAUUAAGACUAUUGGAGAUGCUUACUUUCUAGUUGGUGGUCUUCACAAUAGUCAAUCUGAUCACCCAGAGCGUGUUUUAAAGUUUGCCAUCGAUGCAUUUGGAGUCAUUCAUCAAUAUAACAAGAAUAAGGUUGUGGAAACAGAAGAUAUCAAUAUAAGGUAUGUUUUAAUAGGUGAUGGAAACAUUAUUAAUCAAAUUCAUUCGUAUAGAGUUGGCAUCAACACAGGAUCAGUUGUGGCAGGUGUGAUUGGCUCCAAGAAGUUUGCCUAUGACCUAUGGGGUGAUGCCAUCAAUGUGGCUUCAAGAAUGGAAUCCACUGGAGUUGCAGGUACUAUUCAAAUUUCUCGUUCGACCUAUGAGAGAGUCUUCGAUUUGGGAUAUGAAUUUGAAGAGAGGGAGGUUGACGCUAAAGGCAAAGGAAUAGUCAAGACCUAUCUCAUGAAUCCAAAACACCUAAUGAGUGUUAAUUAUUCACACAUACUCACCACUCAACAAUCGUUACAGGAUGUGAUGAAAUCUCAACAGAGUAUGUUUGCUCUCUCAACCAUUAGAGAAAAAGACGAAUAA